AUGAAAGAAGAGGAGCCAAUACGUCGAGUAUUGUCGGCUACGGAGAAGCGAGCAGCACGUCGGGCCCGUGUAUUACAAGGAAGCGAGAGUCGUUUGAAGCUGGUGAAGGGGGAGAUACCGACGCUCAAGGCACCAAGUGAUGAGUUGGAUGCAAUGUCUUUGGAGACGCAGUUGGACAAUGACGUCGAUGAGCUUGUAGCGGAUACUUUGGACUCGAAGGCAUUACCACAGAAGAAAGAAAUUGAGAUACUAAAGCGUGUAGAUACAGUACAGAGACGUCGAGAUGCUGCUGAUAGACGUCGUAGAAAGGAGAUAUUGGUGCAGGAGAUGCUUGACGACAAGAAAGAGGACGUCACGGCUCUCAAGACUCCGCAGGAGACUACAGAAUUGCACCGUCAAGAGAUACUACCAGCUUCUGGCUCUACUUUAGGUGUCACAGAAGCUACAGUCAGUCGCCAUUCGACGGCGUUAAAGCUUCACUUGCUUGGGGAGAAGCUCGUGCUGCUGCUUAUUGUCGCAGCGGCCUUUUACGCUGCGUUGUGCAUGGACUUGAGCUCUAUCACGGCGAGUUUGGUUGCUAAAGAUCAGCUGUUUGUGGGUUAUCAGGAUCUAAUUGCCAAGGGAGUCCCUUUGGACUUUAUCCGACAACAUUUCGAGCGGGAACAGGUGCUGCCUGAAAUGCGAGAAAAACUGGAACUCCUAUUGACGCAGCAACUCGAGAUGGAGGCAGUAGGGGCGUCGGUAACGACAAAUGAAGCCGGAUGGCUGCCUGGCAUGUCUGAUUUGGGAUACAUUUUCACGUCGCUGGUGGCACACCCGCCUGUUGUGUUGUGUGUGUUUUUCGUGAGAUUACUGGUGUCUACCGGGGUAAAGUUUAUCCAGAAGGCGCUGGAUUUGCCGGACGUGAAGAAUCCUCAGGAGGGAGACUUGGGCUUUCUGGUCAAUCUAGCACUGUCUAGUCAUCCAGUGCUGAAAGACUUCUUGGUAAGAGGCCGUAAAUCGCUAGAUGACGUAUUCGUUUUCAUCUUUGUGCUUGUAGUGCUUGUUGCUGUCCGUGCGAUUUUGACUCAACUAGGCUCGGUAGAUUGA